GCCCUGUGAGUUAGCGCGCCUUGGUAGCUCCUCGUCGUCGUCAUCGCCAUGUCCGCCAGCCUCUCCCCGCCCCCUGACGUCAAGCACCAAGCCCUCUCCCCCUCCUCCACCACCGACACCCCCAGCGACCACCACGACCGUCCCAACGCCAGACCGAACCAGCCCCGCUCACAGCGCUCCAACUUCGACCAGGAGCCGAACCCGUUCGAGCAGUCGUUUGCGAGGCCGCCCAACCCGACGUCCAACCUGCGCUCGUCACAACCCCGCCGCCGCGACUCGGAACACAGCGCCCAGUCCGGCCACGACCAAGAGAACCGCUCUCCGCCGUCGCCCACGAGACAUAACCAUCCAGACCGGAGCGCGUCCCCAAAGCCCGUCCUCCCGCCUCUCGCCUCCCUCUCCUCGCCUGCAGACCAGUUCACAUGGGGCUUCAACAACAAUUCCCUCGCAAACUCCCUCCGCUCCGGGCCCCUCUCCCCCGCCAUGCUCGCCGGCCCCCAGCACAACAGCAGCAACACCAACAACGGAAACCCCUCUGACCACCCACCCAUCACUUUCGAUCCCUCCACCUUCCGCACUGGUCUCACUCCCCGCACCGGUCUCACCCCCGGCACCGGUCUCACUCCUAUCCUCGGUGGUCCUGUCGCCUUCCCGCCUCCUUCCCCCAACACCGCAGCCUUCCUCCACAUGAUGAACAACCCGGGCAGCGGCUCCGCCACGAUCACACCCAACACCCUCAGCGCCAUCACCGGCGUCCUCAAUAACAACAACCCGCACGGCCAGACGGGCCAGUCCCCCCAUCCCCUCUCCAUCUCCCACGUCCCGCAGAACAACUAUGAUCGGCCCAACCACAAUCAGUACUCGAAUGGGGCUCAGCAGCACAACGGCGGCCACCCUAACGGCGACGGUGCCCAGAACUACGCCCUCAAUGCCGCCGAUGCAGCAAACUCCGCCGCGAACGGUCUCUUCCUCCUCUCCCAGGCCCAUCAGGAGCUCACCAAGCGCGAGGAGGCCCAGCGCGCGGGACAGGGCGGCGCACCGAACGGGGGUGGGGGCAACAACAAGCGUGGUACGAAACGCAAGUCAUACGACAUUGGGAAUCCGCAGGAUAAUAACGUUGUAGGUCCCGACUCUCAAUCCGUCCAAUCGAAACCAGCAGGCACGAAGCGCACCAGGGCGAAUACUGUCUCGAGCAACGGCAGGGGCUCCAAGCGCAGCGCGGCCUCUCCGCCCUCUCCGAUGGACGACGAUGAUGACGAAGAGGAGGAGGAGGAGGAGGCACAGAAUGGGAAGAAGAACGGAAACAAGAAACCAGAGACGGAGGAGGAAAAACGGAAGAACUUCCUGGAACGCAAUCGGCAGGGUAUGCUUUCCUUCUCCUUUUCUCUCUGUACACUAUUCAACGUUCUCCAUACAGCCGCGCUCAAGUGCCGUCAGCGCAAAAAGGCUUGGCUCACGCAGCUCCAAGCCAAGGUCGAGUUCCUCGGCGCGGAGAACGAGAGGCUGCAGCAGGCCCUCGUCGCCUCGCGCGAGGAGAUCGCACGUCUGACGGCGGCUGCGACGGUCAACCCAGGUAUGCUACCACCGGGUGGUGUACCCCUCGUGCACCCACCACAGCCGGUCAGCGUCAACGUCAGUUUACCACCAGCGAGCGCGGCGGUGAAGGGCGUCGCGGCGUCCAAUCGCGGAUAUGGCUACUGA